AUGAAGGUCCCUAUGACGCAAGUGAUGGCUAUCGUGGGCGACCCGAUUUACCUGCCGUGCGACAUCUCUACGCAGGAUGACGACGACGCUGUGCUUCUGGUGCUCUGGUACCGAGAAGACUUGGGCACACCUAUAUACAGCGUUGACGCAAGAGAAAGAGAUUUCGGCGUAGCAGAGCGCUGGUCAGACGAGAGCGUCUUUGCGUCAAGAGCAUACUUCCUUCCUGAUCGGAAGCCUGCUGAGCUGGCCGUGGACCACGUGAAGGCUAGCGACCAGGGCAUCUACAGAUGUCGAGUGGAUUUUAAACAGGCUCAGACGAGGAACUCCAGAGUCAAUCUGACUGUUAUCGUGCCACCAAGCAAAAUGGUGAUAACAAACGAGACGGAAGACCAGAAGACAGUAUUCGUCGGCCCUUACGUCGAGGGCCAGACAUUCACGUUGAAGUGCGACGUUACGGGAGGCCGUCCAAGACCUUGGGUGAAAUGGUUUAAGGAUGAAGUGGAACAAGAUACUCCGGCUACCCCCCUCCGAGAUAACGGCGUGCGUGGGGUUAUCAGAGUAGGCCCCCUGUCGCGAGCCGACGUGAAAACGGCCCUGACUUGUCGGGCCUCGAACCAUGUAAAAGUUCGUCCUAUUGAAACUACUGUUACAGUAGAUAUGAAUUUUCCACCCUUAACAGUUCACAUUUUGGGUUCGAACCAGCCCAUAUCAGCAAGCAGGAGAUACGAUCUUCUGUGUCAGAGCUCAGGGUCCAGACCUCCAGCCACCAUCACCUGGUGGAAGAAUGGGGAACGGAUAAACAGUACUAGAGAGACGUUAUCAACAGAUGGAAACACAACGACUUCAACUCUCUCCAUCCAGUUGUCAAAGAGAGACACAGGAGCAAAACUGGCUUGCCGGGCGUCCAACCCUCAAAUGCCAUUAACUCCACCUUUAGAAGACGAUUGGAUCCUUGAUAUCCAAUACGUACCAGAAACGGUGGUACGGUUAGGAACAAAUCUUGAUCCGAAGAAUAUUCGAGAAGGUUCUGAUGUCUACUUCGAUUGCAUCAUCAACGCGCAUCCUUACGUUUACAAAGUGGAAUGGAGACACAAUGGUAAAACUCUUCUCCACAACGUGGGCCAAGGAGUCAUCAUCAGCAACCAAUCGCUGGUACUACAAGGUGUCGGCAGGAGAACUGCCGGCAACUACACCUGCGUUGGCUUCAAUGCUGAAGGCGAUGGCGAAAGCAGACCUUUCUCAUUGGAUGUCUUAUACGCUCCAACAUGCAGGAGUUCCCAGCAGCGCGUCCACGGAGUAGCGAAGCAGGAGCGAGCACACAUCACAUGUCAUGUCGAUGCCAACCCACCUGAAGUUACGUUUCGAUGGACCUUCAACAACACGGCAAAUAGUAACGAAGUGAGCGAUUCAUACGUGUCAAGAACAGGAACCAGUUCCACAGUCACUUACACUCCUCACACUGAAAUGGACUACGGCACUCUCUUAUGCUGGGCCCAUAAUAGGAUCGGGAAGCAGAGAGUGCCUUGUGUUUAUCAUAUCAUUGCUGCUGGUCGUCCUGAUCAAGUCCACAAUUGUACAGUGGUGAACGCCUCGCUCACAUCGUUUGGAGUUAGGUGCUCAGAAGGAUUCAAUGGAGGCAUGCCACAAUCGUUCCUGUUAGAAGUUCGACAGAUUGUCACACAGGAGAUAGUAGCCAACGUCUCCAGUCCAGUACCUCGUUUCACAGCCGUCGGUCUAAUACCUGGCACCACAUAUGCAGCUGCUGUCCUCGCAUAUAAUGCCAAGGGACGGGGAGACCCUUAUCCUCUGAGAGCCAGCACUUUGCGACCUCCGGAGAAACAUCAUGUUCAUGAUAAAAGUUUGGAUCUACCUCGAACAGCCUUUCAAAUGUCAGGGGCAAUGUCAGCAGCCGUUGGAGGGGGCGGAGUCCUUAUGGUGGUUUUGGUCCUCUUCAUGAUAGCUGUACGUCAACGUUGCGCCAAAAGAAAACCUCGGUCUGCUCCCCCGCCAUCUUCCCAACCUGCCUCUCCUGAUAAAUUAAGGGAAAAAGAUGACAGUGAAAGUGAUGACAGAAAUCCCGAUAUCAUACCUUCGGAUACUGAUCAGAUGCAGAUGGAUUAUUACCGGCAGCAGCAGGUAUCGACGAUAUCACCACCUCUAGGCACCAGAGGGCCUCGAGGCAGUGUUGCAGGAGUCCGAGGGGGGCUUCCAGGGUACUGUGCUUUGAGGACAGCCCCACCUCCUUCGCAUCAGAUGCAUGAAGCUCCUAAUGCAACAUCAGGAAUCCCUCCACCUGCCAGAUUCGCAGCAGGCUCGUGCACUUUGCCACGCGGUUCUACCAUCUCUGCGCCACCAAGCGACUCCCGCUGCGGAAUCCCCCUCCAGCAUUUGCGCACUCUCCCGCGCCCCAUACCUGCCCCUGCGCCGGCCCCCGCGCCCCGCGCACCUCCUCGUGAUACACCACUCUGACAGACAACGCAACUUUAGGACUUGUGUAAAUAAAAAAACAGUGACGAAUGACUAGUGAUGUGAAGUGCUCAAGCAUUUUUUUAAAAGAUUGUGAUUGAUAAAGUUUCAAUGUGUGGGAUUGCAGUGAUGGGUUUUAGUUUUUGAAGCUCGAAAAUUUUUUUGAAAUCUUUAAAAGUUUAUUGUUUUUUUUUCAAAUUUUUUGUUAGAACACUGACCUAAUAAUAGUCGAAUUUCGCAUAAGGUAGGUAGGAUAAAAAUGAAUGAAAAUUGUGUUAAAGUUUGUUUGUAUAUUCAUUGUAAAUAAAGCUAUAAUAAUCCA